AUGGGAAAAACGAUCAGAUAUCGUGGAGAGGUUGCAGAUCAAGCUUGUAGACACAUCUAUCUCCCUGUUCUGGCGCAAAAGCACAGCACAGCAAAGCAAGGCAAGCACAAGACACCAAGCGAGAAGGAAGGAAGAGCAGAAAAAGAGACACGUACACCACGUCCAGUACGGUAUUUGUAAACCGGUACGUACAGUACGCGAUGAAACGAAGGAUCACGUAACGUGUGGUUUUCUCGCUUGAGGGUGGUAUUGUAUCAUCGCAGACUCACAGAGUAUGGUCAUCUAAUCACCCAGUUUGAGUCCGGAAAACUUGAUUUGUAUUCCUAUCUUGGUUCUCGAUUAA